AUCUAAGGAGGUACAACUUAUUUGGGGUUUGGCUUGUGCUUACCGUGUCCUAUAUAAUACCAUUCUGGAGAGAGAGAGUUUCUGAGCUGAGGUUCAAGCCUAAGGGGAAAAUCCCCAAGUCAGAUCUAAUCAAUCACAGGAGACACCAGUAACAAUACCAGUUGCUCCUGUGGAGGGCAAGAAAUGGAAACGAGUGUCUUUGCGUCUUGAACGAGAAAGAGGAGGAGGAGGAGGUGGAGGAAGAUCCAGGCGAGGGGCCCUCCUCAGAACCACCACCAUCGCGAAAGGCAAAAGGGAAAACUAAGAGACGUGCAGAAGGGAGUGAUGAAGAGGAAAUCUCUAUUACUACUCGUCGGCCUCUAAAGAUGACUGAAAUCCAAGGUUCGAGAAAGGAGUUUACACGGCGCCCGAAUGAAACUCUUGUUUCCUGGUUGGUUCGCUGUUGGGACAGUGGGGCCCAUAGCUUGUCUCUGGAUGGUAAUGAAGCUCGCCAACUAGGUGCCAUUGCCAGAGAUCCAGCUAUUGAUGGAGGAAUUAGUCGAUGUUCGGAUGAGGCUGCCUCCCUCUGGGAACGAGUGUUAAUAGCCGUGAAGGAAAAGUAUCCCUUCAAAAGCAGCUUGAAGAUUGCGAUGACGAAAUGGGAUACAGUUGAAAAGGGUAUCCAGUAUUUGAGGGAAAUAGGCGUGGUGGAAAUGUUCUAUGACCCUAACUUUGUUCCUCAUCACCCACGCCAAGACCGCCACACUGAAAAGGUGAGGACGACGCCUGAGAUAUCACAGAAACUCGUGACAACAGCUCCGGACAAAUAUGCCUCUACACUAAUGUCAGCGUGUGACAGAUACAAGGAACAACAGAGAACGCCCUUAGUUGAUGAAUUAAUUCUUACGCUCCAAAACUACGAACAAUUGCUACCCCCAACUCACGCUGCUGUUGCCGGUAUCUCCCAGGUGACGGACCAACUGAAUGAAGUGCGAAAGCAAGUAUCUCAACUGAUUACUCGUGACAAACCUGUAGCAGUAUCAGAGACGCUUGAUGAAGAUCAGGAUAAUCAAAAGAGUCUAAUGAAGGAGAUGAAGGAGAUGAUGAAAUUUAUGCAAGCCCACCUAACUAAAUACGAUGAACCUUCCUUCUCACGUGCACCAUCAAAAAUCUCACCUGCUAGAGGCAGACGCUCUCCCGCUCAAGUAAGGGAUAAUACACCGCGAAUUGUCUUAUGGUAUUACCUACGUGACCAUGGAGAAGACAUGAGGAAGUGGCACCGUGAACCUACUGCUAUACUACGAGCACGGGUGAGAGAAUUACAAGGCAGAUCAACCAACAAUGCAGUUGCUCCUGUUACCACAGGUAAUGAAUAGAGGGGCCCUGCCCUCAGUCGGGGGGGGAAAGGGAUAAUAGAGUAUAUUGGACUGUGUGGAUUCGAUGGCCUGGCACAUCAGAACCACUGAAAUAUAAGGCACUGGGGGACACCGGUGCACAGUGCACUCUGAUGCCCUCGAGUCAUGAAGGGACAGAAUCAAUCCAUAUUUCUGGAGUGACCGGGGGCUCUCAAGAAUUGACUGUGUUGGAGGCUGAGAUAAGCCUCACUGGUAAAGACUGGCAAAAAAAUCCUAUUGUGACGGGCCCAGGGGCUCCAUGUAUACUAGGUAUUGAUUAUCUCAGAAGGGGGCAUUUCAAGGAUCCUAAGGGGUAUCGAUGGGCCUUUGGAAUAGCUGCUGUGGACACAGACAACAUUAAGCAGCUGUCUGUUUUGCCAGGCCUGUCAGAAGAUCCAUCUGUUGUGGGGCUGCUGCGAGUAAAAGAGCAACAGGUACCAAUUGCUGCAAAAACGGUGCACAGGCGGCAAUACCGCACCAACAGGGAUUCCUUGCUCCCCAUCCAUAAGUUAAUUCAUCAACUAGAGAGCCAGGGAGUGAUCAUCAAAACUCACUCGCCUUUUAACAGCCCCAUAUGGCCAGUGCGUAAAGCCAGUGGAGAAUGGAGGCUGAUGGUGGACUACCGUGGCCUGAAUGAAGUCACACCCCCACUGAGUGCUGCUGUGCCGGACAUGUUAGAACUCCAGUAUGAACUGGAGUCAAAAGCAGCCAAAUGGUAUGCCACCACUGACAUUGCUAAUGCCUUCUUUUCCAUUCCUUUGGCCAAAGAAUCUAGGCCACAGUUUGCUUUCACAUGGAGGGGCGUUCAGUAUACCUGGAACCGUUUGCCAAACUGUAUUGGAACAGGGCAGUGCUCCUGAACACCUGCAGUACAUUGAUGACAUCAUUGUGUGGGGCGAUACAGCAGAAGAAGUCUUUACAAAAGGAGAGCGAAUAAUCCAAAUUCUUCUGAGUGCUGGUUUUGCUAUUAAGCAAAGCAAAGUGAAAGGACCUGCCCAGGAGAUUCAGUUCCUAGGUAUAAAGUGGCAAGAUGGCCAUCGUCACAUCCCUACAGAUGUGAUCGACAAAAUCACUGCUAUGUCUCCACCCACUAGCAAAAGAGAGACACAAUCUUUUCUGGGUGCAGUGGGCUUUUGGAGAAUGCAUGUUCCAAUUUACAGCCUCAUUGUAAGCCCCCUUUAUUAUGUGACGUGAAUGAGAAAUGAGUUUACAUGGGGCCCUGAGCAGCAGCAGGCUUUUGAACAGAUUAAACAGGAGAUAGCCUGUGCCGUGGCCCUAGGGCCAGUACGGACAGGACAGGGUACAAAGAACAUCCUCUAUACUGCUGCUGGAGAGAACGGUCCCACUUGGAGUCUGUGGCAAAGAGCAUCAGGAGAGACCCGAGGCCGACCCCUGGGAUUCUGGAUUCCCUACAGGGGGUUGGAAGAGGGCUACACUCCAACUGAGAAGGAGAUCUUAGCUGCUUACGAGGGGGUUCGGGCUGCUUCUGAAGUAGUCGGUACUGAAACACAGCUCCUUCUGGCACCUCGACUGCCAGUGCUGAACUGGAUGUUUAAAGGAAAGGUUCCCUCCACCCAUCAUGCUACUGAUGCCACUUGGAGUAAGUGGAUUGCACUGAUUACACAACGAGCGCGAAUGGGGAACCUCAGCCGUCCAGGAAUCCUAGAGGUCAUCAUGGACUGGCCUGAAGGUGAAAAGUUUGGAACACCACCAGCAGAAGAAGUAUCACGUGCUAAAGAAGCCCCACCAUACAAUGAACUACCAGAGAAUGAAAAGAAAUAUGCCCUGUUCACAGAUGGAUCGUGUCGUAUUGUGGGAAAACAUCGCAGAUGGAAAGCUGCUGUGCGGAGCCCCACACGACAAGUUGCAGAGGCCACUGAAGGGAAAGGAGAAUCAAGUCAAUUUGCAGAGGUAAAGGCUGUCCAACUGGCCUUAGAUGUCGCUGAACGGGAGAGGUGGCCAAUGCUCUAUCUUUACACUGACUCAUGGAUGGUAGCAAAUGCCUUAUGGGGGUGGUUACAGCAGUGGGAGCAAAAUAAUUGGCAAAGAAGGGGUAAACCUAUUUGGGCUGCUGAACUGUGGAAAGACAUUGCUGCCCGAACAAAGACUAUGGUUGUAAAGGUGCGCCAUGUAGAUGCUCAUGUGCCCAAGAGUCGGGCUACUGAAGAACAGCAAAAUAACCAUCAGGUAGACCGAGCUGCCAGAAUUGAGGUGGCUCAAAUAGACCUGGACUGGCAGAACAAGGGUGAAUUAUUUCUGGCUCGGUGGGCCCAUGAGACCUCAGGUCAUCAAGGGAGAGAUGCAACAUACAAAUGGGCUAGAGACCGAGGGGUGGACUUAACUAUGGAUGCCAUUGCACAGGUUAUUCAUAACUGUGAAACAUGUGCCAUCAUCAAACAAGCCAAGAGGAUGAAACCUCUGUGGGAAGAAGGGCGAUGGCAAAAGUACAAAUAUGGGGAGGCCUGGCAGGUUGAUUAUAUCACCUUGCCACGAUCUCGCAAUGGUAAGCAUUAUGUGCUUACCAUGGUGGAGGCAACCACUGGGUGGCUUGAAACAUAUGCAGUACC